AUGAAUGGUGAGGAUCUUAGGAUCCCCACUACCACCCUCGCGGGUAUAGCGAGUCUAACAGACUGUAAGUAUUCGUGCUCGAUUGAUGUGUUCGAUGUGUGGGUUGUGAAGAAUCAUCCGUCUUCCAUUGAAGUGUUACCUGAAAUGCCCUUGCCUUGCCCGUUGCCGCAAGCAUAUGGCAGUAGAUCGCUCUUGUUUCAUCCCCGUGUUGCUGAAGAGGCGAAGCGUUUAAUUUCUUCUGUAUGUGAGCCGGAACUUCUGGAUCAGCUGUUGAAAUGCUUGCACCAGACCACGGCAGAUCACAUAGAGCUAAAAGACCCUCAACCCCCUGGGGACUCGUUGUUGGAGUCAUGUCCAGAAAUACUCCGUGCCGCGUUGCAGCGUGGACUUUUCACCGCAACAUUGAGGAAUUCUGUGCGACAUGGAAAUCAAGAAAAUCAUGUGGUCGCGAAACCGAGGCCUCAUGUUCGACCGACUGCACAAGGAUCUGAGAACUCUGCUGGAACGUCCAAUUGCGUUUCUGGCCGAGCGCACAAGCCGGAUCAAAGUUUGUGCGAUACUCCGACGAAGGAGAUCCAUUCCAGUCAUAUGGGUGAUAUAAACGCUGUAUGCCAUGCCAAAGAUAAGCACCAGGGCAUGGUGAACAGUAUCCGUGAUAAUGGUCACCUCAGUUGUGGGGGUUUGACCCAUGAGGACACGGUGACGACGUGUGUUCAAAUGAAUAAAACUGAGCAGCAUUCCUCUUUGAAUUCGAGUAAAAUAACUGAAAACGCGCAAACAGAUUCUGGUUUCCUUGCCAAAGUGGAUUCGCAAGUUGCAUCCGGGAACUCAGCGCGCCUUGCCUUCGAUGAAGUGCUUUCGUCUACGGGCCCGGAAUGGCGUGGAGAUGUUCCGAAUUGGGAGAAAGGCGAGCCACGUGAUUGCGUGAACCAUUUGAAAUCCGAGGAGUCUGAGUCUCUGGGACGUAGUGAUAUGAAUUUGCCAAAGCACGUCGUGGAACCUGUUGCUGCAGUUAUCAAUGGGCCGAGAAAUCAUAUGCAUCUUGACGACAUCAAGCUCAUGGGAACGCCUGUCGUCCAGCUGAGUCGCCUUGGUUUGACGGACCAAAUGUACUUGCCGAAUGCGACGAAAUGCUCCGAACCGGACCUCAAACCGCUGGUGGAACAGCAGUCUGAUUCCGAUGAGGAUUCCAAGAAGCACAAAAUAUUUCGUGCGAAGGGCAAAGAACGCGAAGAAUCGAAGCGUAAAGAGCGAGAAAGUGUAAAACGGAAGCGGGAUGCAUCGGAAGAACCUUGGACAGACAUCGACAAGUCAACAAGACGUAAAGUGGAAGAAGUAAUUCCAGUGGAGCUGACACCGAAGAAACCGAAGGUGCGGCGGGUUGAGCUUAAACUUGUACCCGUGUUGGACCGUUUGAAUGUGGAAGAAGUUCAAGAAAAUAACACCUACCAACGCCUUAGCAAACUUAUGGAUCAAGCUUUCGAAGCAGUUGAUGAUAUGGAUUUGACUCCUGACAAUGGUGAUAAAGAAGUAGAAGAAAAUGAUGACGACGAAGACAGCGUCCCUGCCGAGUUGCUGUUGUCGGAGUACCUGUUGAAUCAAUUGCGCGAGGAAUCCGGCCGAUUGAAGGAUAGAGGUGCUAUGGACUUGGUUCCUACCGACAAGCUUGUUCGUCUGAUUCAGCUCAUGUUGAAGAACAUCCGUCCCGCGGUUUCUUUGAACCCAUUGAUCGAUCCUGAGGAUGAAGACGAAGGUGGACGUCUGUGGAUGGGAAUCGCGAUGGAGCGUAUAGUGCGUUCUGUCAACGCUUCGUUGGUGGUUCUUAAUAUCAUCACGUCGAAAAAUAUGCCGAAGCGUGUUUAUAUGGAUGACGUGAUCGACAAAAUAGUGUCGUUGACCAAGUAUCAACUGCAGGUCACCAUUUUCCCAUCCUAUGACCCAGUCUAUCGCACUGCUCCUAAAAAUAAGAAAGGUGACCUUUCGUCUGCACUACUUGACUGA